AUGCAGUCAUCAUUAUCAAUAGAAGAUGGUAGAUUAGACCUCUCUCAAAAACUCUCAUCAAAUAAUAGCGUUGAACUACUAUCGUCGUCCUACAAGAAUCAAUAUCAUAAUCCAAGUUUAAUGGCUAAUUUACUAUACAAGUUGACAGAACUUGCUGCACUCACUUCAGCUGUUGCCUCUGAAACUUAUCAAAGUUUUAUCAUAGAAAAUCGUCCGGUAAAUUAUCAUGAUGAAGAUGAUGAAUCCAUGUCGUACGAAUACGACGAGGAUUAUGAAGAUUAUGAAGAUUACGGUGAAAUAAUGCAAAUAGGAUUUGGUGACGACGAAGAAGAACCUCCUCCACCUUAUGAAAUUACUUGGUCUAUGGUACGAUAUGAUAAUAUUCAUCGAAGACGAUUGAUUCGUUCACGCAUAAACAUAUCAAAAUCACGUGCUAAAUGUGGCAGAGAGGAAUAUAAUGAAGAAUCUUUAAAAUGUGACGAUGAUGAAGAAUUUGUCAAUUUCAAUUCUAAAUUACUAGAAUUAAUCACUAAUGGUAAAGAAGCACUCACCAGUAAAGUAGAGGUGACAGAACUUGAAAUGUUUUUGGCGGAAGAGAAAGAACGUGAUGAAAAAAUCAUGAAAGAACUUGGUAUCCAAACCCCCUUAACUCGACGUUCGCGACGGAAUACUUUAACAUCUUCAGAUUCGGAAAAGUUAAUUCUUACAUCGACAGAAGAAAAAGAACGUGAAGAAAUAUUUCUUAAGGAAGUUGAUGAUAUAAUUAAAAAACGAUCUCGAAGAAAUACUGGUUCAUCUAUUUCUUCGGAUUCUACCACUUUUUCGGAUCACUCUUCAUUUAACAUGUCUGGUUAUAUUCAUCAUCCUUCAACAAUCUCAUCUAAUACUCAAUUUGGAACCCCUAACACUUAUUCCAAGACCUAUAAUUCCAUGACACCAAAUGUAAAUAAAAAUUUUACAUAUGGUUAUGGUCAUUUUGAAUCAUCACCUUCCUCCAAACAUAACAAUAAUAUGAAUGUGAAUCCACAACUACAACACAACGCUCAUAAUUCAUAUCAUAGAUUUUAUUGA